AGGAGCUGGAGCUGGCGCGACCGACCAGACAGCUAGCUGUGGGCUUCUGAUCCCAGAGUGCGCGUGGCUCAUCCCACGAGAAAACAGAGGAGUGAGGGUCGAACCCAAGGAAAAGGAAAAGGAUCAGGGGCCUUCUUCUUUCUCUCCUUCUCCUCGCUGCUCACCUUCCUCACCAGAUCGAAGCAAGAGAAGACAAGGGGUUCGACCAGAUCCAAGGAAGAGAGGGGAUGGGGGGCAGGCGGCACCGUCUACCGGACAGCGGGGCGUCGGGCUGUCUGGUGCUCCACGCGAGGGCUCCUGGUGGUGCUCUGCUCCGGGCAAGGCGCGUGGGUGGCUGACCCUCCACGAAGGCCACCACGGUUCUUCCCCAAGGGUCCUCCGCUGCUCAUCUUCACCAAGUUCUUCACCACGCUGCAGUUCUACCCCAAGGAUCCUCCUCUGCUACUCUUCUUCAACGUCCACGCGGAAGAUCUCCAGGCCUUUCCUGCUACAGAUCGUCUCCAACUCGUCCCUGCUCUUCUUCUUCUUCGCCUGCUGAUCUACAGCUCGGGAAUCAACUCUGUAUCUCUCUUCUCUUGUUGCAAUUCUCUCAAACUCUCUACCGUUUACUUUGAAUUGCUGAUAUCUAGUUGAAUCGUUGCCUGAACUAGAGAUUACUGUAGUUAUAUCUGUUGGAUUAUUACUUGGUGAAAUCUUGUGAACCAGAUUUGAUGUGUGCGACUUCUGAAUCCUCUACUACUGUAUAUGCUAGUGAUUAUUUUGUUUGUUUCAUUAUUCAUAAAAUCACCCAAAACAUAUCUGAUCCUUCUCUACUGCUGUUUUAUUUUAUUUUCUCUUCAUCAGAGUGUGUUGUGGGUCGGCUGAGUAGUUACUUGAUCUGCAUCCUCCAAUGCUUGUCUUCUUUUUCCCUGUUGCCCAUUAGCUACAGAAUUAAGUAUGCAUUAGUACAAGAGUUCCUUCGCACUGCAAAGUAGCUUGGCUCUAAGAAAUUUGCAUAGCAUCUUUACUUCAAUCCCUGUGGAGUACUUCGACUUCCGCUGUUUGCGAGCAAAUAUUUCCGCAUCCUCCUAUGCUUGUCUUCUUUUUCCCUGUUGCUUACUCCAUUAGCUACAGAAUUUGUUAUGCAUCAGUACAAGAGUUCCUUCGCACUGUUGCAAAGUAGCUUGGCUGUAAGAAAUUUGCAUAGCAUCUUUACUUCAAUCCCUGUGGAGUACUUCGAUAUCCGCUGUUUGCCUGUUUGCGAGCGAAUAUUGCCGCUAUAUUAACAGCUCAUCAGUAAGAAGCAGAGAGUAGAAUAGACCGUGAAUAGAACGCACUGUAACAAAUACUUCGACAGUAGCUUCAAGCAGAGAGUAUAGCCUUACCAUGCUGUAACUGUAAUAAAUACUCCCUCUGUACCAAAAUCGUCUUAUAUUUUGGUACAGACGUUCCGCAUAUUUUCUCUCCAAAAAUGGUUGUUUUUCCCGCUAAUUCUCACUUUAUCUAGUCAAAAUAGAUAACUUGUGCUUUAAUCAGGGGCGUUACUGGCAUGUCAAAAACCCACAUCUCCUACAGCUGACUAACAACAGGGUAAACAAACAGCGAGAUUCUGAUUCUCAGGAAUCCAGAGCCACAUCUGAUUCUCAGGAAUCCACAGCCACAGUGAUUCUCAGGAAUCCGUAGCACAAAUAAAUUCAGUUAUCUACAUUGGUUCAGAUGUGGCAACCUUCUAUUCUCCUCCUUUGCUUCAUUCUUCAAGGUGCUGUUGCUGCUGAUAGAAGCGAAGUUUGGGGCUACGUUGAAAUUCGUCACAAGGCGCACCUAUUUUGGUGGUAUUACAAGAGCCCACAUCGGGCGUCUUCGCCAAUAAAGGCAUGGCCAACCAUCCUCUGGUUGGAGGGCGGUCCGGGAGGGUCAGGCGUCGGGGGUGGCAACUUCCAGGGGAUCGGGCCGCUGGAUGUCAAUCUGAAGCCACGCAACUCGACGUGGCUGCAGAAGGCUGAUCUCAUCUUCGUGGACUUACCAGUGGGUGUCGGGUAUAGCUACGUGGAGGACCCAAGCGUGCUAGCUACAACGGACGUGCAAGUCGCUGCUGAUGCCACCGAGCUCCUCAAGGCACUUACCAAGGAGAUACCCACCUUGCACAGCAGCCCGUUGUUCCUUGUCGGCGAGUCCUAUGGUGGCAAGCUUGCAGCCAAGAUUGGAAUCUCCGUAGCAAGGGCCAUCCACGCCGGCGCCCUCAAGCUCACACUAGGGGGUGUGGUGCUUGGGGAUAGCUGGAUCUCACCAGAUGAUUUUGCGCUGUCAUAUGCGCAACUGUUGCGUGAUGUGUCAAGGCUGAGCGACGAAGCUGUUGCCCCUCUCAACAGAAUGGCGGCAAUAGUAAAAGAGCAGAUAGCAGCCAGACAAUUCACCACGGCGAAGAUGACGUGGACGAAUCUUGUUGAUUUGAUUGACCAGCAGAGUGAUGGCGUGGAUAUGCUAAAUUUCUUGCUUGACAAAGGCGAAGGCUCAUCGACGAGCCAGGUGUUUCCGUCGACCCCCAACACCAUUGACGGUCUCAUGAAUGGGGUCAUUAAAGAAAAGUUGAAGGUUAUUCCUAAGAACAUAAUUUGGCAAGGAGUGGCUAUUCAAGUUUUCGAAGCAAUGAAUGCCACCUACAUGAAGCCAGCAAUCGAUGAGGUUGAUCAAUUGCUAGCAUAUGGAGUAAAUGUAUCGGUUUAUAAUGGGCAAUUCGAUGUGAUAUGCUCGACAAUCGGUGUAGAAGCUUGGGUCAAAAAACUCAAGUCUCCUCCACGGUCCAGAAGAAAGCACGUCGGAUUGCGUCGAGCGCCUCAAAACUUUUUUGGGGAGUUGGAAAACUGACAUGAAGUAGGUGGCGAGGGAGUCGAAAACGAAGGAGGUGAGGGUUAGCCUAGCUGGCGGUGCAGAAGAGCAGCUUAGCCCUCCACCCUGUUUGAUAUUUGAAGCUGUUCAAGAGAGAGGGAGUGUGUAGGCAGAGAGAGGGAGGCCGAGGUACGUUUGUGGGAAGGACACAGACCAGCCCAUCCGUGCCUUGUGCAUAAGAAGCGCUUCCACAUAAUGGCGUCAUCCAUGAGUCACACUCAGUAGUGAAUGAUGGA